UAAUUUUUAGACAGUUUAUUUUUUAGUUAUUAAUUAUUUCAAGAUACAAAUAUGACUAUUGAUUCAAACAGUAGAGAAAAAGUUCUUCAAGAUUAUCGCAAAAAGUUGACUGAACACAGAGAAGUAGAAGCCAGAUUGAAACAUGUUCGAGAACAGUUAAAAGAGCUUGCAUCAGAUUAUGACAAAUCCGAAAACAACUUAAAAGCUUUGCAAAGUGUAGGUCAAAUUGUUGGUGAAAUUCUUAAACAAUUAACAGAUGAAAAAUAUAUUGUUAAAGCAACAAAUGGUCCCAGAUAUGUAGUUGGAAUACGCAGGGGCAUUGAUAAAACAAAGUUACGUCAAGGAUCAAGAGUGGCUCUUGACAUGACUACUUUAACAAUAAUGAGAAUGUUGCCUCGUGAAGUUGAUCCUCUUGUAUACAAUAUGUCUCAUGAAGAUCCAGGAAAUAUAUCAUAUGGUAUGAUAGGAGGCUUGUCAGAACAAAUAAGAGAACUUAGAGAGGUUAUUGAGUUGCCUCUAAUUAACCCUGAGCUGUUUCAAAGAGUUGGAAUUACUCCACCUAAAGGAUGUCUUCUUUAUGGACCUCCAGGAACUGGUAAAACAUUGUUAGCAAAGGCAGUUGCAAGUCAGCUUGAUUGUAAUUUCUUAAAGGUAGUUUCCAGUGCUAUUGUUGAUAAAUACAUUGGAGAAAGUGCACGACUUAUUCGUGAAAUGUUUGCUUAUGCUCGUGACCAUCAACCUUGUAUAAUAUUUAUGGAUGAAAUUGAUGCAAUAGGUGGUAGGCGAUUUUCUGAGGGUACAUCAGCAGACAGAGAAAUUCAACGUACUUUAAUGGAGCUGCUAAAUCAAAUGGAUGGUUUUGAUGUUCUUGGAAAGGUUAAAAUUAUAAUGGCAACAAAUCGUCCAGAUACACUUGAUCCAGCUCUUUUACGACCUGGUCGUUUAGAUAGAAAAAUUCAUAUCGAUCUUCCAAACGAACAAGGUAGAAUGGAUAUCUUAAAAAUUCAUGCUAACCCUAUAACAAAACACGGGGAAAUCGAUUAUGAGGCAGUGGUAAAGCUGUCUGAUGGAUUUAACGGUGCCGAUUUGAGAAACGUUUGUACAGAAGCAGGUAUGUUUGCUAUACGUGCUGAGCGUGAUUACGUUGUUCAAGAAGAUUUUAUGAAAGCAGUACGAAAAAUUAGCGAUAACAAAAAACUGGAGACAAAGUUGGAUUAUAAACCUGUAUAACCAAUCUGCACUGCAAAUUAUGCACUGUUUAUGUUCAAUACGGAUUUUAGAUUGUUUGCCAUAAGUUUAUUACGAAAUAGAAAACUCUAAAUUUA